CUCCUGAGCCCCAGUACCCACACAGCCCACUAGAAUUGUUCCCCACAACUCUGCCCAGUGCCCAUCCUGCUCUUGCAGGAAGGGACAGCACCAGUAGCCUGUUUUCCCUGUACUGCUAAUGGUGCAGGGGAAACUGUGGGGCUGGUAGGACUUCAGCCCCAAGGCUGUCAAUGAGUGACAGCCCAGCUGCCAGGGCCUUUGCAAGUUAAUGAUUGUGGGGACAGCCAGGCAGCAGCCACCGCAUCCUCUGGGCACGGGGCACAUGCGGCCACCAGUCUCCCCCACUGGCAGAGCUGGGCACAGGGGCCACGGGUGCUCCCUGACUGCAGCCCCUAGCCAAGGGACUUCCAUGCCCCUGCUGUUCUGGAGAGGCAUACCACAGCCUGGUAAGGGGCAGGAGGUCCCUUGCAGACUUACCCACAGGCUGCCCCCAAGCACAGGCAGCACCUUGGGUGCCCUUGUCCCCAUACAAGCCAUUGCAUCUAGCUUAUUUGUGCUUAUGGAGCUGCCAUGUUUCUCUGCAAAUAAUGACUUCCCCACACAACCUUAUCCCACUGCUAGCACUGGUGCCUGGCGUCACUUUCCCCUCUAGAUCUGCCAUGGCAAGAACCCAUGGACUGGUGGAGACGAAGCUCUACUCCCCAGCUGGGUGCCCUGCUUGGCCCAGGGUAUCUCGUCCAGCACCACACGUGUCCCCAGGACCCUGCUGCGCCAAGGGAGCAGCACGUGCCGCCAGGGUGACCCAAGCACAGGUCAUGCAGUGCUCCAUGCCCCAGUAGGCACAGUCCAGGACACAGUGGAUGCCCUGACGCACUCGUGGGCAGCAGCCAUUGGUACCAGCUGGACCCAGUUCCAGAGGAACAGAAGCAGCAUGGCCUUGCAGCCCCUCUGUGCCCGCUCCCUUGCAGCUGUACUGGAGGGGCCUUUGGCCCCAGCUCUGCCCUUGGCUGCCUCAGGCAUGAGCUGGCCAGGCACCACGUGGGUGGAUGGAAACUUGGCGGAGGUGUGUAAAUGAGGGGUAAUAAUAAACAGCAUUGAGGCACAGUGACAAGCACACUGGCACUGCUCCCCUUCCACUUGACCUGGCAUCGUGCAUGCUGAGAUAAAGCAUUCUUUGUGGUACACUGCAUGGGUGACAUGCCACCAUCACUGAUGACAUGGGGACCACACCAGUGCCUGUCCUGCUGGCAGCAUCCUGCUGCAGUGCUGAUGCAACCACUGCAACCACCCUUGGGCCAGGCCAGCAGAGCUGUCCCCUUGGGGUUGUGAGGCCAGUGGGUGCGUGUAUAGCCUCACCUCCAGUUCAGGAAUAUCCAACAGUGAGACAUCCUCUUCCUUUCCUGCAGGGGAUAAAGCAUAUGGUGAGAGGCUGCCUUAGAAGUGAUGAUGCAGAGCCUCAGGCAGGCAAGGUGGGGUGCACAGGUUGUGCAAGGCACCAUACCCUGGGAUGUGUGCCCCAUGCCACCCCCAGGACUGCAGCUGACGUGGGAUGCUGUGGGGUUACCCAUUAACUGCAGGAAUUUCUGGGGAGGAGGUGAGCAGUGAGCAGAGGCGAGGGGCAACGCUGGGCUCCUUAGACUUUGCUCUUGACGUGCAUAUAAAGGGCCCUGGUGCCCCGUGGGCGACUUUGCUGGAGGAACGCGUGGAUUUGGCAUGAGGACAUGGCACUGCUCUGAGUGCUUGGCCAGCACCAGACUCAGCCGGAGCGAUGCUGCCAUACCGGAGGGAGAGCCCGGCCAUGCCCCGCUGCCCGGUGCGGGGAGGAAGGAUGGUGCAUGGGACCCCGUUUGCCUACUGCCCCAGCCCCCAAGCUCUGCACAGGCUGCCGGGUGCCCACGCCUGCCCCUUCACCGUGGGAGCAGUGACCUGCCCUGACCAUGGCUUCCUGUGCCCUGGCUCCCCGGGGCGGCUGGUGGAGAGUCGGGAGCGCUACGAGCUGGAUGCACUGCCCUGGCAGGGGCCUCGCCUGGGCUUGGAGGAGCUGCAGAAGCCAGAGCUGGGCUGCUGGGUGAGGGUCCAGUCCAUCUGUGUCUCCCUUCUCAAGGUGCCUCUGAUGUUUGGCUUCCUGUACCUCUUUGUCUGCUCCCUGGACGUGCUCAGCUCUGCUUUCCAGCUGGCCGGAGGCAAAGUGGCGGGGGACAUCUUCAAGGACAACGCCAUCCUCUCCAACCCUGUAGCCGGGCUGGUAGUGGGCAUCCUGGUGACCGUGCUGGUGCAGAGCUCCUCCACCUCCACCUCCAUCAUUGUCAGCAUGGUCUCCUCGGGGUUGCUGGAGGUGCGCUCUGCCAUACCCAUCAUCAUGGGCUCCAACAUUGGCACCUCAGUCACCAACACCAUCGUGGCCCUCAUGCAGGCUGGUGACCGCAGUGAGUUCAAAAGGGCUUUUGCUGGUGCUACUGUGCAUGACUGUUUCAACUGGCUGUCGGUGUUGGUCCUGCUGCCACUGGAGGUGGUGAGCGGGUACCUGCACCACGUCACCCGCCUGGUGGUAGCCACUUUCAACAUCCGCAGUGGAAAGGAUGCCCCUGACCUGCUGAAAAUCAUCACAGAGCCCUUCACCAAGCUCAUCAUCCAGCUGGACAAGUCGGUGAUCACAGGCAUCGCAACAGGGGAUGAGAGCCUGCGCAACCGCAGCCUCAUCCGCAUGUGGUGUGACCCUGCACCUCCCCAGACAGCUGCCAGUGAGGUAGGGGAGCCUCCAAACUGCACGGCUUCUGGACAUUGCAGCAGUAAUGGCAUUGGGAUCCUCCACAACAUCACCAGGCAAAAGUGCGAGCACCUCUUCACGGACACGCCGCUGCCGGAUCUGGCCGUGGGGCUGGUUCUGCUGGCCGGGUCCCUCAUCGUGCUCUGCACCUGCCUCAUCCUCCUGGUCAAAAUCCUCAACUCCCUGCUCAAGGGGCAGGUGGCCAAAGCCAUCCAGAAGGUCAUCAACACUGACCUUCCACACCCGUUCAGCUGGCUCACCGGGUACUUCGCCAUGGUGGUGGGCGCUGGGAUGACCUUCGUGGUCCAGAGCAGCUCCGUCUUCACCUCAGCCAUCACACCCCUGAUCGGCUUGGGGGUGAUCAGCAUUGAGCGUGCCUACCCGCUGACCCUGGGCUCCAACAUUGGCACUACCACCACCGCCAUCCUGGCCGCGCUGGCCAGCCCUGGGGACAAGUUGGCUAGCUCCUUCCAGAUUGCCCUCUGCCACUUCUUCUUCAACAUCUCCGGCAUCCUGCUGUGGUAUCCGCUGCCCUUCACCCGCCUGCCCAUCCGCAUGGCCAAGGCUCUGGGCGAGCGCACGGCCAAGUACCGCUGGUUUGCCGUGCUGUACCUCAUCAUCUGCUUCCUCCUGCUGCCCUCCCUCAUCUUCGGCAUCUCCAUGGCGGGUUGGCGGGUGCUGGUGGGGGUGGGCGCUCCUUUCCUCGGCCUCCUCUUCUUUGUGGGGCUGGUGAACGUGCUGCAGGCGCGCAGCCCUGGCCGCCUGCCCAAGUGGCUACAGAGCUGGGACUUCCUCCCAGCCUGGAUGCACUCGCUGCAGCCGCUCGACAGCCUCAUCACGCGUGCCACGCUCUGCUGCACUGACCGCUGCCGCAGCCCUGAAGGCUGGGAUGAGCGUGAGGCCGCUGCCCGUGACAAGGCCAGGCUGGGGCUGGACAACCCUGUGCUCUCCUACCCUGAGGAGAUGCCCAGCCCCGUGUUGCGGGUGGGCUCCCCACACCUGGCCCCGCACAGUGCUACCCGCCUUUAGCCAUUUCCACUUUCCCCGGUGUCUAAUAAAGGCUGAGCACCUGUGUCCCAGCUGCGCAUCUUCAGCCUCUGUCCUGCAACUCCUGACUGCUGUGUGUCCAUGCAGCACUGCCCCGCAGCCCAUGCUGCCCAGCACUGGGGCAGCACCAAGCACAAUGCUUGGCACCACAGCGGCACAGCGAUGCUACAGCCAAACCCGUACUGUGCUCUGCAGUUUGCCAUUGCCCUGCUGGCAGUAUCACUGCAUCCCUCAUCCCUGGAGAGCUGAGCUGCAGGGAUGAGGUCGGUGCCACUCCACUCAGUGUCAUGGCAGAGUGUAA